GCUCCGACGGAUAUUGCUUGCGCUAGCGCUGCUCGCCACCGGCGAGGCGGCCAAGGCCAAAGCAGACCCGAAAGAGUGCGAGGUCUGCAUAGCGAACCUCGAGGCCAUCGACAAACUCAUCGACAAGGACGAGAAGACGUCCAAGCAGAGCAUCAUGGAGGCCAUCACGAAGCAGGCCGCCCGCGUCAACAACUCUCACUUCACCAUAGCGCCCUGCGCCCCCGCGGCCUACCACAGCCCCGGCGGGCGGGCCACGCCGCUUCUGCCGCCCCGGCGCGCGCCUCCUGGGCGCCCGCGGCGGCGACGGCGCGCGGAGACACACAAAGUUCUCGCGUGCCGUACGCGAAUAACAACACUCGACGGCGCAGGCACUGCGGCGACCUCCAAAACGAGCAGCCGAACCCGGCACUCAACGCGCGCGACCGCAAGAUGUGUUAUUAUUUCGAGCCGAUCCGCGCCGCCAUCGCGCAGCCCUUCAGCACGCGCAUGCCCAAGGACCGCGUCUGCAAGCGCCUCAAGCAGAGCAACGGCGAGAUCUGCAACGUCAAGUACCAGGUCCAGGUCGACAACAACCUGUCGGACGAGGAGAUGCUCGCGCAGCUCAAGAAGAAGCGGGUCAAGGAGCUGAAGGGCAUCCUCAACGACCGCGGCGUCAAGUGCGAGGGCUGCCUCGAGAAGGACGACUUCAUCAAGAAGAUCAUGGCGACGAACGGCAUGAGCACGGACUUCUAA